CCCAAGUUGACAAAUAUGACAUUUGAAUCCGGCCCUAACCUCAGAUUCCGCAAUGUUCUCCUCAUUACUAGUGAAAAAUUUCGCUGAAAACCCUUUAUGGAAGCGCACUUUCACCAUAUCGGCAGCGUUCAAUGCAUUUGAAGCCGUCUCAUCUGCAGAACCAAAACUGGAAGUUCGUGAAAUAACCAAAGACCGCACAAAACCCAUCCCCGUUGAAACAAGUAUCAGGUAUCUAAAAAGCGCUGCUUACAGACAAACAUACGGGGACCAGCCUGUGUGGGUGCUGUACCGCCGAAACCACAAAGGGUCCAUUCCUCCACGGAAGACGCGAAAAACGUGCGUUCGCGGGGGGCAAAUUUCAUGCGGAAACCCCUGUCCAAUCUGCCGAGACGAAUACUUGGUUUUACAUGAAAAUAACGUUGAAUUGCUGAAACAGUUCGUUUGUCAACACACGGGUAGUAUUUUGAGUUAUUCCAAAACAGGGUUGUGCCAGAGAAAACAUCAGGAAUUGCUAGUGGCUAUAAGAAGGGCUGUUGACAGCGGGCUAAUCACCUUUGAUGUGCCCCCGAGACAUUACGAUUACUCUGAGUUUUACCCAGAAUUGAGGCAAUAA